AUGAACAACAUCAGCACACAAACAAAGAAUAAACCUUCAGAUGUGUCUGAUGAUAAACUGCUGCUGUGUUGUGUCUCGUUCUCUCCAUCAGAUUUCUGUGAACUCACACUGGACACAAACACAGCAAACAGAAACCUCAAACUGUCUGACAACAACAGGAAGGUGACACAUGUGACAGAGAAGCAGCCAUAUCCUGAUCAUCCAGAGAGAUUUGACUGCUGGGAACAGCUGCUGUGUAGAGAUGGUCUGACUGGUCGCUGUUACUGGGAGGUCGAGUGGAGAGGAGGAGUUUUUAUAUCAGUGACUUACAGAGGAAUCAAACGGAGAGGAGACAGUAAAGACUGUGUAUUUGGAUUAAAUGAUCAGUCCUGGAGUCUGUUCUGCUUUGAUGGUCGUUACUCUGUCUGGCACAAUUACAGAGAAACAAGUCUUCCUCUCUCCUCCUCCUCCUCCUCCUCCUCCUCCUCCUCCUCCUCCUCCUCCUCCUCCUCCUCCUCCUCUAACAGAGUAGCAGUGUAUGUGGACUGUCCUGCUGGCUCUCUGUCCUUCUACAGAGUCUCCUCUGACACACUGAUCCACCUCCACACCUUCAACACCACAUUCACUGAACCUCUUUAUCCUGGGUUCUGGUUCGGGUCUGGUUCCUCAGUGUCUCUGUGUUCUCUGUAGGAGGGAGACAACUUCCAGUCCUGUGGUUUAAAUGUUGGCGGUUGACGAGGCUUCACUUUGGUUAACAUCUGGCUCACUGAUUGUGCUUUUAAUGUCAAUUUCAAUUUUAUUUAUUUAUAUAGUGCCAAACAACAACAACAACAACAGUUAUCUCACUUUAACUCAUGUGUAAGUUAACAUGUUAACAAAUUUUACUCUUGCUACUAAGAGUUAGUACAUGACACGCAACAGUAGUCUGCUUUCUGAUCUGCUUUUGUCAAGCUUUGUGAGGAACUUGCUGCUGAGCAUUUUAGUCCUAAUUUAUAAUUAUGAAGAGCAAAUAAAAAAUAAGAUAAAGAUGAAGGCCCUUUAAAAAGGCCUAUUUCACCAUUCCACAAAGGAUAUAAAAAUGCAAGCACCAAGCACUAUAGACAAACCUGAAUUCCCCUAAGAGAAAGUUUAAAUGACUGCACUAGUGUAAUAAGACAUUUUAUAUAAUUGAACCCUCGAUAAAGUACCUUUUGCUAAUACUGCAAUCUUUGAUAUUUGUGCAUGCAUCCAAGUUAUUUCUGAAUAACAGGUAAAACUGUAAAUUCUCAAUAAAGUGGCCCUGAAUAUUUUUGUAUCACAGAGAAAUGUUUAAAUAUUACUAAAACUGAUGUUAAAAUUUCCAUUUUUGAAAGAAACAAGAGGUCUUUAAGAGAUACAAACACUCAUUAGCUGAAAAACAUUCACCGCAUGGAGGUCCCCUCUUUGGUAGGUAGAUACUGCUCAAGGAUCCAAGUGCCCUCUGGGCAAUUUCUUGAAGACUCCCAUCAUUGGCCUAUGGUAACCCCUCCUAGUCUCUUAUCAUUGGCUCACGGCUAACUCUGCCCAUCCUCUUAUUUUGUAUGUGACAGCAUGUGGGAAAUAACUGGUGAGGGGUUGGGGACCGUUACUUCUGGUACAACCAGAUUAUUAUAUAUAGUCUGCAGUUCCAAACUCUUGUCUCCGGCUGAUAAAAAUAGGUUCCUGUUUCAAAAACGAACUCUGUCUGAUAAACCCAGACCGUUUUUAACAACCGGAGUCUGAGGUUAUAGAUAACUCUAUUCCAUAACUGGUCUACAAGAUUACCUGAAGAUGCUAAUGACAGUUAAAACACACAACACGACUCAUUGAGAAAACAGAGGGAGGUAUGGAAGGAGGUGCGGGGGGUGGAGCACAUUCCUCAAUUCACCCUGCACAGCCUAUGCUACACCAGAAAGAGAGAGGACAGGCCAGA